GUUUUUCAGGACUCAAGAUUCUCAUUGGAAGGGUAUGCCAAAUUGCACCAUCAACAUAUCAAAUGUGUGUAAUACAGAGAACAGACCGGCAAUUUAUUUGUUGCUAUGAGAACACUAUUUUGUAUCAGAUAUUGCAGCCUUGGCGACGCAGUGUUUGUGCCUAUUUUGCACAUGUUUUUCAAUGAGUCCUCUCCCCCUGCGAUCCCCGGGAGAGACUUGGCUUCCUCCUGCACCCGGCCCACGACCGUUUUCGCUCCAGUUUCCCUGAGUUGCAGAGUGGCUCCGCUUAGGAGAGGGUGACGCCAGAGAGCCACAGGCCUGGCCCGGGUGGGGCUGGGGUGGGCGGAGGCUUUUCGGGGAGGGACAGGGUAACGCGCGGGGGGCCGCUAGGUCUGCACCCGGUUCUGGGGUGCACCUGAGACGGCGAAAAACAAAAACUAAAUAAAAUAAGUAAACAAACAAGGCAGCCUGCGUCCUUGACAGUCACAAUCAGGCCAAGGCGGGCUCUGGAACCUUAUUAAUAAAUGACUCCCCUGGGCCCAAAGAACGCCGGCCUCGGUUCUUGGGGGAGGCGGGUGUCGGGAGGGCCACCGCGUCGAGGGGCUUCCUCCGCCAGGUCCCGCUCGCGCGUCCCGCAGGGUUUGUGAUGGGUAUCUCCCAGGCGACGGGCUCCGCACCAAGAUGGCGGAGGAAAAGGACGCGGAAGGAACAGAGGCAGUAGUUGCAGAACUUCAUAAGAAGAUCAAAGAGGCAUUUGAAGUGUUUGACCAUGAAUCAAAUAAUACAGUAGAUGUGAGAGAGAUUGGGACAAUUAUCAGGUCAUUAGGAUGCUGCCCGACUGAAGGAGAGCUGCAUGACUUCAUUGCAGAGGUAGAGGAAGAAGAACCCACUGGAUACAUUCGAUUUGAAAAAUUUAUUCCAAUGAUGACCAGAGCACUUCUGGAAAGAAAAUAUAGACCAAUUGCUGAAGAUGUCCUUUUGCGAGCUUUUGAGGUUUUGGAUCCUGCUAAACGUGGGUUUCUGACUAAGGAUGAACUGGUCAAGUACAUGACUGAGGAAGGUGAGCCUUUUUCUCAAGAGGAAAUGGAAGAAAUGUUGUCUGCUGCAAUUGAUCCCGAAUCAAAUACCAUUCAUUACAGGGACUAUAUAACAAUGAUGGUGAUAGAUGAGAAUUGAAUGCUCCACAGACUUCCUUCUCCUCCUGUUAAGACAACUGUAAACAUUCCACUUCUAAUUGAAAGGAUACUUUGAAAAAUUGUUUGUCCU